ACGCAAAAGAGAGUGCCCCCGUACAGUUUAUAGUACAUACAGCAUACACAUAGGUAGUUUACAUACAGUGAUAUAUGUCGUAGUAGUAGUAGUAGGCAGCAGCAGCAGUCAGUCAGUCAGUCGGGUUUUUGCAGGUUAUAAAGCGCACGUAAUAAUUCGUCGUGUGCCUGCAUUGCACAGCCGCGCGACGGUGCGACCGUCACAUCACAGUACUACUACCUACUACAUCGUACUGUAUAGAGACAGAGUCAGAGCAGCCUCUCGUGCUCUCUGCUCUGCUUUGGCUAGCUGUGUGCAGAGUAGUAAAGUUACACACUGUAUAUCUUGCGUGGUUACUCUCUCGCGAAUUUCUGCCGUAAAUACGCGCUCUGCAGCUGUACAUACGCAACUGUGCUGCUGCUAAAGGACGAUAUCGCACGGAGUGCAGUUUAUACGAUGCAAAUGUAACUACGCCGAGCAGCAGAGCCAAGUGCCCCAGUGAUAGUAGCGAGUGUUCUAUACUAUCGUCGUCGUCGAGCGAGAGAAGCCUGAAGCUGCUGCUUGCUGCUGCUAUGUUAUGCUCGCGAGCUCGAAAUGUUCCUCCGCGCGUGUAAAGAGUGCUGCUCUCAGGCUGCUGCUGCUGCUGCUGCAGCAGUACGAGUUUGAUGUUGUGUGUAUGAUUAUUAAACAUCGUGGUGCGUGCGAGUGCGCGUGAAGCAGAGUGAUAAAAACAUCAAUUAUUCGUGCGUGUGCCAGUGCUACUACUGCUAGUGCUCCGUGCGCGUAUAUCGAGUGCAAGAAUCGCAUCGAUAGCCGCGUAACUGCGCGGGUUGCGGCUAGACAGUUAUAUUGUUAUUUAUUUUUUUCUUUUUUCGAAAAGAGACUUAUGUGAUCUCUCUCUCUCUCUCUCUCUCUCUCCGACUCUUGUGUUGUAUACACAUUUGUAAAUAUACUACUGUUGUGCGCUGCUGCUGGCUGCUGCUACUCUGCUGCUGCUACUGCUGCCUGCUUUAUACAUUGGCUCGAGUACUCCGUGCUGUUCGCGCUGACGAGACUCUGCUGCUGGAUCUCUCUCUCUCUCUCUCUCUCGACUGUAUAUAUACAACAACAACACACCCUUGGGCUCUCUCGCUUGCAAGUGUGUAUAAUAGUGGCCUCGCGCGCGCGGACCAUGCAGAAUUGUUGCGGCCCCGCCGUCGCCGCGGUCCAUUGAGCCGAAGAAGAAGAAGAAGAGCAACAAUUAUCCCAUCGUCGUCGCGCGGUGCUGUGUUCGCGGUCGGCGGCAAGUCGAUCGAGUACGUGUACAUGUGAAGCGUGGCGAGAGUCAUCGAGUUAUUAUCUCGCGUGCGAAGCCGACGACGAACGACGAAGCACAGCAGCAGCAGCAGCAGCGCAGCCACUGCUGCACAUAACACAUAACAUAACGUGCACGUCAACAAAGAAGGGUUAUAUAUGCGCUGCUGCCAGUACCUAACUACUAUAUUGGAAGUAGUGCCCGACGACGGAGGAGUGUUACAAGCCUAUCGCCGCGAGUUCUUCUGCUUCUGCUGCUUCUCAGCGAUCAUCGGCAGAGAGCAGCGUUGCAAUAAAUAAACACGCGCAAUCAGUGCAGGCGCUGCGUUUUUUUGCUCGCCUUUUACAUACGCACCACCACCUCCACCACCACAUCAGCACACCAUCGUCGUCGUCGUCGUCGUCGUCGUCGUAGUCGUCACCCUCCGAUGUUGUUGUUGUUGUUGUUAUCGUCGUAUCGGUACUUCUCUCGCUGCUGCGUCGUUCGUUCGUUCGUUCGUUCUUGCUUCACUGAGAGUUUCGUGCUUGGUUCUCGCAAAUUGUGAUACAAGCUAAUUACCCCAGAGUUUUAAACGUCAAGUUUUUUAAUUCGAUGUGUGUUGUGAUUUUCUUUUAUCAUCUGGCAAGAAUCUGAUCUGAUGUUCAUGCAGUACGCACGUUGCGAGUUCUUCAUAACUGGAGCGAGCGAUUCAGAGUCUGUUUGUUUCUUGGAUGACCAGAGACCAGGCACAUCUGCAAUUAUGUAGUGAAUUUAGUGAAUAAGCAGGCAAUUUUACCCAAAUUGCAAGACUCUAUAAUAUAAUAUGAAGCUUGUGCUAUCCGUAGUGCUUCAGAAAAGACUCAGUGGUCAACAAAGCUGGUGCGUUCAUUCGUGAUGAUGGAACCAGCAAUUACUUUAGAAAAAGCUUUUCAUAAAGCAGCAGAAAUGAUAAAUCAAAUAUCAAAGCACUCUCUGAGUGUGGAUGCUGGUGGAGGAGCCAGCGGAGGUGGUAAAACUACAGAUUCAAUAAGUAGGCAUAAAACACAUAGUAGUAAUAGUCAUCACAGUUCCAAAAAGCAACAAAUGAGUAUCCAUAAGAAGCUCAUGAAUUUAUUUUUGGAAGAACAAAAAAAGACCUCAUCUGGUGAUGGGACGGAUUCCAUAAUGAAUAAUCUUGACCAUGACAGUAAUUUGUUAGGAAAAUUAGUAAAAAAUGAAAAUUUACACACACUCAUUGUAAAUCUGUAUGUUGGUAAUAAGGGUUACUCGUUGGCAGUGAGUAAUAGCAAAAAUGCUUAUCACUGCGACAAGAACGGCAGUGGUGGUGUCAAUAGUCACAGCGGCGCGGGCUCCAUCGCAGAAACGCAGCUGAUGGGCUACGAACAGGGCGAAUUACUGAAUUGUCUGGACUCGCGCCAGCUGCCGCCGUCGCUGGCGGAGACGCUCGAGAGAUCGCACGGCCACCUCUUCUACGAGGGCUGCGUGAUCGCCGAGGUGCGAGACUUUCGCAAGGUCCAUCCGCACACGAAGCCGGAGAUACAUCACGUGCUGCUCAAGCCCAACACGCAGAGCCUGCUCGCCGACGUCGCGGCGCUGACGAGCGACGGUGACUGGAGCCACGAGGAGCGGCUCCAGCUCGAGUCCAAACUGCUGGCCGCCACGCAGGGACCCCUCUUUCUGGAUCCCAAUCCCAUACCGACGCUGGCCUGCCUCAGGAUAAAGCAGUCGAAAGCGCUGGUCGCCGAUCAGAGGCUCGUCAGGCAGGCGAGAAAGUUCUCCCAGGUCUCGGUGAAUCGCAAGAGGAAACUCGAGCAGCUCGCGCAGCCCGAGGGCGUGACGAUAGCCGAUCUCAUGCAGAAGCUGCGCAGCAAGCGCGGCCACAUCAUGCCCUCGAGCAUCGCGUGUCCGGCGCCGAGGCUGCUGGCGCCGCCGCUUCUGCCGCCCAGCGAGACGCCGGACGUCCUGAAGUACGCCAAAGCCUACGAGGCACCCAAAGAAACGAGAGACUGUCUGCCCGCGCUCAUGGAAGAGUACAUCCUCGAGACGGACAGAGGUAACGGUCGUACUUAUCACAUUAAGCUAUCCAUACUACAGAGACCUUCGACAUCCGAGUACCUUGGCGAACUCUACGUAGAUAUUGAUUAUCGAGAAGGAGAAAAGAAGGGCUCGUCGUGCAGAUUCCAUCUGGGAACCAGAACACAGGCUAAUCAGUAUAUAAAUCAAUUUACGGAAAUCUUCACGGAAGAAGGAAGAAAGCAAGUGAAAAUCAUGCACAUUGUACCUGGUCAAGCGCCUCGCGUCUCGUGUACCCUCGGUAUGCAGAGAGCACAGGCACAACUCGCUCAACAGCAAGCAUCGAAUGCUCGUGUUCAGCAGCAAGUCAAGGCUCAACUUGUUCAACAAUUGCAAAGUCAACGAUUGACGCAGCAAUUAUUACAAAGGGCUCAACUCACGGGUCAAAUACCAAAUAACCUGGCGGGCCAGGUAGCUAAUUCACUAAAAGUCGCAGUGGAAACGGCUGCUCGUCAGCAAGUACAAGCACAGCAACAACAACAGAUUCAGCAACAGCAACAGCAGCAGCAGCCGCAACAGCAGCAACAACCAGUGCCGCAAGCUCAACCCCAAACACAACUUGUUCAGCAGCAAAUUCAGCAGCAACUACAGCAACAGCAGCAGCAGCAACAACAACAGCAACAGCAACAAACAACAAAUCAACUAAUCAACGUUCUAGAGGGUACAGCAAACAUAGUCCCCCAACAGCAACAGCAACAACAACCACCGGAGCAAAUGAUCGUAGAACAAACGACAUUGGUGCCUCGGGUUGCACCCAUACUCCAACAACAACAAUUGGACGUUUCUAACGUUGUUCAAACUGAGUUGCAAGUUGCCGCUGCCCAGCAGCAACAAGUUUGUAAUGGACAGCCGGGUAUUCUUGUGUUUCAACAAAAACCUGUUCAGCAACAGCCACAAAUAUCUAAUAAUACAACCAAUGUACCUGUUUUGCAAGCGCAAUUGCAAGCGGGAACGUUGAGCAGCUUGACUGACAAUUCGAAUCACACGAAUGACGUGCUGCAAAGAAAUUCCACAAACUUAGCUAUCAGUGCACUUGCUAAUUCUUUAAUGAAUUCGGCGCAACAGUUUACUCAGCAACAGCAGCAGCAGCAACAACAGCAGCAACAGCAGCAACAGCAACAGCAGCAACAAGCUGCGGCGAAUGCUGCCGCUGCCGCGUCGUUGAAUACCGUUGCACCGCAAGUAACGCCGAAAGCUAACAACAACGCAGCAAUUUUAAGUCUAUUAAACAGCAGUCCUGCUAAUUUGACUCAUCAAAAACUACAGCAGCAAAGGAGGAUAGCCCUAAAUGCCGCUGCAUUACCCCAGAGGGUACUGAGUCACGGCAAUAUCAUCACGGUGCCAAACAGCUCUGGACAGCAGGUUCGAGUCAGCUUUAGCCCAGCCCUGACGACAAAUCAAAUAGUCAAGCAGCCGGUAAAGGCAUCGGCCGUUAGACUGGCCCGAGUGCAGGACGGCUCGGGUUCGUCUCUGGGACUGUCGAUGCCCGGUCUGUCGGCGCUGCUGGCCGGCACGCCAACCGACGACACGUCCGUGCCCGGAAUCACUGCCGCGUCGUCGCUGUUCGAGCGCCUCACUGCGCCCACAAACCAGGCGAGCCAGCCGACGAGCUCGAUGACGAGUCCGCCGCCGGUGACGCCGCCCACGCUGCCGCCCCAGCAGUCGCCGCAGCUGACGCACCAUCAGAGCCCGUCGCCCCAGCAGCAGCAAACGGCUAAUGUGAAUUUGCAAGGCGUCAAUCUAGCUAGUCUACCGAAUUCCAUAAACGGCCUUCAGAACGUGCAAGUGUCAAUUCCUGGGUUGUCGCAGCCCAUCACCAUGUCGCUCAAUGUGUCCGCGGCGACCGGUAACGUAGUUACACCCUCCGGUGUGAUCGUUUCGUUACCUAUAUCUUCCGGCACCAACACAUGUUCGACGGUGUCCAGCAUGCCUGGUUCAGUUCCUACAACGUCUGUGGCUGCUGCACCUACUAUAGUCGUAGCUAAUCCUGCCAAUGCUCAUUUAUCGUUACCAAUUGCACAACUUAUACCUUCCGGAGUAAAAGGAUUAACCCAACAGACUAUACGAACCAAUAAUGCCGGGGUUGCAUUAGCGCAGUAUGUGCAGGGUGGCCAAGCAAUACAACUUGUAGGGGCCCAAAGAUCUAGAAUCAAUCAAAUGGGACGUCAAGUACAAGUCAAUCAAGUCAAGACUCUGCCGAUUUCGAUGGCUGCAGCUGCCGCGUCGAAAGGUGUGACGAAUCAGCUUCUGUUGUCUCGCAACAAACAAGUACUUACUCCAAUAAUGGUGGCGGCCUCGAAACCAAUGGUAAUGGCGAAUCAAGCAAACGUUGGGGCAGCGACAACCGUUCAAACGACAUUAGCCAAUGCAGCCAAACAAACGUUACUUGCAAAAUCGUUGCAAGCGCGGACUGUACAAGCUUCAUCGAUCAAUCCAUGUAAUUCACAGGCGCAGGCGCUAAAUGCGGUUGCCGGUUUCUCGCCACAGCAGCUCCAACAGUUACAGCAAUGCUUGGCAGCGCAGCAAAAGGCCGCCAACGCCGCUGGGGCGAACAUCACGAACGCUGCCCGUACUCAGCUACAACCGCGCGGUGGUCCCGAAGAUGUACUUUGAGCACACGCUGAUACUCAGACUAUUGACCAAGGGUCGAUUCCAUUUACUGCAUCGGUAGCAACUUCAUCGACUUCUAAUCAUCGUUACUGUAUGGCCUCGAGAUUAAUACUUCUAUUAUAAGAAAAGAAUGAACACAAAUGAAUAAGUGAAUUGAGAUAUUUGUAAAAAGUAUUUUUUUCGUAGAUUUACUCUCAAUAUGUCGUUGUUUAUUGAGUAACUAACAACCACAUAUUUAAAAAAAAAUGAACUCUCGUCUGAGAGUGGUCCUCCUCCGCAUGUAUCAUGAUAUAUAAAUAUAUUAUAAAUAUACGUAAAACUUGUAAAACUUGUAAGUUAACUCUUUCAUGUCGAUUAUGUAUAAUAGAUAGAUAGAUACAAAGAAAGAGAUAGCAAAUACAUUGAAUAUAAUGUUGCGUGUGUAAAGUGAGAGUAUAUAUUGUGAACUACUUCAUAAGUGUAAAAAUUCUUGUAAGUGCAUGUGAAUGUGUGUAAUCAUUAAAAACCGACGGCGGAUGAAUUUUUUCUCUGUCAUUCUCGUUGAAUAUAAAUAUAUACAGUAUAAGAAAGAUAAAAGAAUUAUGAUUUGAAAAAGAGGAAAUACGAUUAUGAUCGGUCGAUCGAAAAAUGAUAUUCUUCAUUAAUUGUAGAUAAAGAGUGCAAAAACUGACUUACUUGCAUAUAUUAUAAAUAAUUCGUAUACAAAUUUGUUUUAUAUUUAAAAAGUUCAGGAGAGAAGAAUGCGUAAUAAAUAUUCCAUUUUUAAAA